GGACAUUAUUGUCGACCAACACUUGAAGUGGCAAUGAACAAAGCGCUGCAAAAAAUCCUUGUGGUCGUCGGAACUACUGGCGCGGGCAAGACAAAGCUGUCGGUGGAACUGGCCAAGGCGUUUAAUGGAGAGAUCGUGAACUCGGAUGCUAUGCAGAUGUACCGCGGGCUCGACAUCGCCACUGCAAAGGCCACGCUAGAAGAGAUGCAAGGUGUAAAGCAUCAUCUCCUUAGCUGCAUGGACCCUGUUGACGAAUGCACUGUGAUCGAAUUCAAAGCGUUGGCCAUGGAGACGAUCAACGACAUCCUUGCACGAGGAAAGGUACCCGUGAUUGUCGGCGGCACAAUGUACUACACCCAAUCCAUCUUGUGGAAAGCCCAGCUCAUCGAAGACGCGCCUGGAGCAAAUGGCGAUGAGACUACUGCAUCUGCCACCAGUACGAGUAUCCCCUCAAACCCUGAUGAAGCGUACCAAGCGCUGCUGCAAGUGGACCCAGACAUGGCACAGCGCUUGCAUUCCAGAGACGUUCGACGGGUCCAACGCAGCUUAGAAGUGUUUUACCAAACAGGCACCAAGCACAGUGACUGGAUUGCUAAGCAAGUUGGCGAGAAUGAUGAGACACUGUUUGACGCGUGCAUGUUGUGGGUGGACUGUGACCGGUCAGUGCUGGCGCAACGGUUGGAUGCCAGAGUUGACAACAUGGUUCAAGAUGGCCUCGUUCCAGAAAUCGAAGCAUUGAUGGACAACAUCCAACACCACUUGGCAGCAUCACCGAUCGCCCUCGGGCUCAAAGGCAUCUCGCAAGCCAUUGGAUUCAAAGAGUUCCAGCCGUACUUGAAGGCCAAAGAGGAAGGAAGCCCCGACACCACCACGGUGUUGGCCGAGUGCAUUGAGCAGCUUAAAGUUGGCACGCGGCAAUACGCCAAGCGCCAGAUCACGUGGAUUCGAAAUCGAAUCGUACCGCGCAACAUUCCUGUCUACAAGCUGGACACCACCGAUGUGGCGCAGUGGCCAGUGAAUGUGACGACGCCAGCCAUGUCCAUUGUGUCUGCCUUCCUCCGGAAUGACCCGAGUCCUGUGCCAGCCUGCAUCAGCCAAGUGGACGGCGAAAACGGCACCAAGAAGGUCAAGAAUAUGUGUGAACCCUGCGGGAACCGAGAAUUCGUCGGGCUGGUUCAGUGGCACGAGCACUUGAGAUCCAAAAGCCAUCGGUUUCACAUGAAACGCCUGCGGUUGCUUGAAACUGGGCAACUGUUUGAACGUCCGCCGCCCAAAAAAGCCAAAGACAAGAACGCAAGUGACCAACUGACCAGCGGCGUAGACAAAGAAUAACAAGUCUGGUGAAUAAGUAUCAUUACAACCCCCCGA